AUGGACUCUCAUCUAAUACAGGCAAAUGUUGAUAGAUAUAAAGAAGGCGACAAUUCAGUCAUUUAUUAUGAAGUCAGAGUCUUUUGUAGAUUAAAUGAAGCGUAUUGGAAAGUUGAUAUACCAGCCUAUUUAUUUUUUAAAAAAAUAUGGAUAUUUUUAAUAUAAAAAAUAAAUUAAUAUAUUUGAAAUAAAUAGAAAAAUUUUUAAAAGCAGAAUAUAUCUAUUUCUAUUCAUAUAAAUGGGCAUAAUAUAUAAUAGUAUAAAAGAUAUAGCGAGUUCGAAGCACUCAUGAAAAAAUUGUCAAUUAAAUAUCAUGAUAUCCCAAGCUUGCCUGUAAAAGGGUUUUGGCAGAAAUACAGCUCAACAUUUUUAACAAAGCGUCAAGACGGAAUUAAUGAUUUUUUAACGAAAAUUUUAUUGAAUAAAGAUAUAGUACAGUCUGGAGAAUUAAGAGAAUUUUUAGAAGUAGAAAGACAUGUACCGGACUGGAAAAUAAACUCUCCAAAUCAGAUUUCUGAGAUUUUACUAGAAUUGAAGCCUGCUGAAAUUGUAGCCAAUAAUAAUCAAUUGGUUAUUGGUGCCAGUAGUCAAGGAUUGAUUAAUACAAUGAACAAACAUAUCAGAAGUAUAGGAUUAAGCGAAGGGUCUUCCACUUCAAGCUAUGCAUUAUUCCUAUUAUCUCCUGAGGAAGAAAAAACAUAUGCAUUUCUCUAUGAAUAGCUUUUUUUUAGCAUUAUUAUUAUUGCUCUAUUAUUUCCUACAAGAAAUAAUGUCUUGCUUUUAUAGGAAAUUUUUUCUCAUUUAAUAUAAAAAUGCAUAUAUAAUGAAAUGUGAAGAAUUCCUUCAGCUCUUAAUAUUGAAUGCAUCUGCUGAAAUGAAAAUUUAACUAUUUUGGCUUACGGGACUUAUGAAGGAUUUGUAUAUUGUUAUUUACUCCCCCUUCCGUGAGUGAGCAAAACCAUUGGAAUCCCUAUUUUUUGCCCAAAAACCCACCCUCCUUGAUGAACAAAAAAUUUUUUUAUGAAAAAAUAUUUUUGAUGUAUAAAUGAUAAUUAUUAUAAUGAAAUAUCUAGUUAAUUCUAAACACCUUGCAUUUUAAACAUAAAUUGUACAAAUUAAAUUAAUAUUUGCUUUAAAAUUAUUUCGAAUUGGGAUUUUUUUCAAUUUUGAAAACUAUAAAUUUAUAUAUAUAGAAAUUUCCCUUAAAUGGCGCAGUUUGCCCUUGAUUUACCCACUGAAAAAAAUUUUUUGGUUCGACGAGUACCAUAUGGUUUGGUCAAACCAAAAAAAAUUUUCAGUGGGCAAAUCAAGGGCAAACAGUGCCAUCUAUGGGAAAAUUCUAUAAUUUUUCUUAAAAACAAAAUUGACCCUCCUUUGUAAGCGAACAAAAUUUUUUUGUUCGCCCACGAAGGAGGGGAGCUAGUAAAAACAGAAAUUGGAUGCAGUCAAUACGAAGAGUUCUGUGAGUAUCAUAUCCAUGGUGGAAAAAUCAUAGGAAUUGCUAUUAACUAUAGAAACUCUUAUAUGUACACAUGCUCAGAAGACAAACGAUUGGUCGUCACACAGCUAAAUGGGCAAACAGAUACUAAAGAUAUAACAAUAUCUAAUAAAAGGCCUGUAUCAAUGAAAUGUGAUUUUAUUAAAGAAAGGGUUUAUAUAGGAACCAGUAAAGGAAGUGUCCAUAUUUUUGACAUUUCUCAAUUCCAGCCAAGAGGAAUCAUAGUCGUUGAGACAGAUUUGCCUAGCGAUUUGUCUGCUUUAUGCGUAAAAAAUCAUUCCCUUAUUAUUGCAGGUUCUACCAGUGGAGAUGUCUGUGUAUAUCAACAAGGAGAAGGAGAAAGAGAAACUAUUCAUAGAUUAGUGAUAGGAUUUAAAGCAAAAUCACAGAUAAAUUCUAUUGUAUAUUCUAAAGGAAGGCGUGAAAUUAUUGUAGGAACUAGUGAAGGGGUUAUAAUUGUAUGAAAUUCUGCUAAUGGAAAAUUAAACUAUGCAUGGACAGCUCAUGAUGCUGCUGUUUCUACGAUGACUUGGGUAGAAAAAACUGGAAUUUUAUAUAGUGGAUCAAAUGAUGGGUACGUGAAAAUAUGAAGAUUGCCGAAUACGUGGUGCAAUGCUAAUUUAAAUGUAGCACAAAGUGAUGAAAUGGUGUUUCCUAAAAGAAAAGUUAAAAAAAAGGCAAAUGAGCAGAUGGAAAGAGAAUUAGAUGAUUUGUCAGGCUUAAAAAGAUAA